AUGAUGUUCACCAGCACUAUCGUCGCCGCCAUGCUUGCCUCUGCUAUUUCAGCAGCUCCUGCCGCUACAACAACAACAGAGGUUAUCAAGCUUUGCCGCGAUAAUAAUUUUAACGGGUGCUACGACGUCGAAUACAAGCCAACUUAUUGCAUCACUAGUGAUCUUAGUCGGAAAGGCCUGGAUGGUAGCAUUUCCUCUUUUAACACUAAUGGCAGAGACUGUAUCUUCUUCACGGAUGGGAAUUGCUUUUCUAAGGCUUUUUCGUACAACGGCUUUUCGCGACAGUUUUCAAACAAACCCGAGAUCGCUCGGUACGAUGAUGCCAUCAAUUCGAUCAUGUGCAAAUAG